GGAGGUUAUGUGGACUGACUUUUUCUGGACAUUCCAUUCCGACUGACAGCUCUGGACUUACCGAUAUUUGGUGGAUUUCUAGUCACAAAAAAUCGGUCUAAUUGAGCAUCAUGGCUGAGUCUGGGUUCCCAUUACCACCAGAGGCUUUCUGUCCCCUGUGCGCAGACACAGUGAGAGACCCAGUCACUGUCGCCUGUGGUGACACUUACUGCUUGGAGUGCAUCAAGAUUUACUGGGAUCAGUUCGACCACAUCGGUGUGUACAGCUGCCCACAGUGCCAUGCAACCUUCACACCUCGGCCUGUCCUGAAACGAAACCUGCCCAAUGUAUACCAAGAGCCACAGCGACAGCUUCCAGAGCUUACUCCUUUCCCCUACUUGAAUCGUGAAGUCUACUGUGACUUCUGUGUUGGCCGUCGCAACAGAGCUGUCAAGUCUUGUCUGAUGUGCUUGGCUUACUACUGCGAAACACAUAUCAAGCCUCAUUUUGAGUCAGCUACAUUCAAGAGGCACAAGCUAGUGGAUGAGCUGGGUCAUCUGGACAGGAAGAUCUGCCCUCAACAUGAGAAAGGCCUGGAGCUGUUCUGUCGCACUGACCAGAUGUGUAUUUGUGUGCUGUGUACUGUCAGAGAGCACCGCAGCCACAACAUUACCUCAGCAGAAGAAGAACGCAUUGAGAAACAAAAACUCCUGGUAGUCACCCAGACUGAAGUCCAGCACAUCAUCCAGGAAAGGAUGAAGGAGCUCCAGGAUCUUAAGCAUAAUGUUGAUGUUCUAAAAAGUGCAGCCCAACGAGCACAAGCUGAAAGUGACAAGACCUUCUACGAAAUGCUGCAGGCGGUAGAGCGCUGGAAGUCUGAAAUCAAUCAAAUGAUAAUGGCCAACAUGCAGUCAGCAAUGUCACAGGCUGAGGGCUAUGUGAAUCGUCUGGAGCAGGAGAUAAUGGAGUUACAACGCCGAGAUGCAGAACUACGACAGAUCCUUGACACGGAGGACAACAUUCAUUUUCUGCAGAGUUUCCCAACCCUCUGUGUUGCACCGGAGGCCAUGGUGCCCAAAGUGCUCAUUAAUCCUCAAUUCUCUUUUGGAGAGAUGAGCAAAACAGCCACUGACAUGAAAGAAAAUCUGGAUAAUAUCUGUAAAAAGGAAGUGGUCAAACUCUCCAAGACAGUAAGUGAAACUUCUGUGUACAUAAUUUUGCCAAGAAAUGGAGGCAAACGACUCAAAGGUUUUCCUAUCCAGACAGUUCCUUCGAAUGCAGAUAUACAGGAGCCAAAAAUCAGAACAGACUUCUUGAGAUAUGCCGUCAAGCUGUCCUUUGAUCCUAACACAGUCUAUAAAGAGCUGGUUUUGUCAGAAGGGAAUCAGAAGAUCACCCGGAAGAAAUUAGUCCAGUUUUACCCAGAUCAUCCAGAGCGCUUUGAUGGCUUCUCCCAAGUGCUCUGCAAGGAGCCACUCACUAGUUUCAGGUUUUACUGGGAGGCUGAGUGGAGUGGGGAGUUUUCCAUAGGGGUGGCAUAUAGGAACAUCAGCCGCAAAGGGAAGAAUUCGCAGAGCCUGCUGGGCUACAAUAACAAGUCUUGGAGUCUCCUUUGCUCAGACUCUGGUUACUCUGCCUGGCACAACAAAGUAGACAGAGACCUCCCUGGUGCUCUCAAGGCUACACGCAUUGGUGUGUACCUGGAUUGUGCUGGGAAUACACUGGCGUUUUACUCAGUGUCAGAUACUAUGGAGCUUAUCCACAGAUUCAAAACUCAGUUCACUGAGCCUUUGUAUGCUGGUUUUGGUGUAGGCUCCUCAGUUACCCUCUGCCAACUAAAACAGCCUAACUAAUUAAAAAAACACACACACAAAUUACUCAGUAUAAAUGAAGAAUUCAUACUCAUAAAAUGGCUUUUUGGGCCACGAGUUCUCUUUUGACUCUGUUUUUUAACUCUACUGACUACUGUGGAAAACACAAAUCUUUAACUGCUGGAUGCUCUCCUAUAUUCACCAGUUACCCCUGUUUGUCUGUUUGAUGGUAAGAAGUGUAUGUACCGAAAGAUUAUAGUGUUCUUUCAAUGAAAAGAGUGAUGCAAUACAGCUGAAGAUUGUUUAAUGAAUUGUGGAGAUGAACCAGAAAAGAGAAGUUGUGGGCUCAGCAGACAGACAAAGACCUGAUACUUGCUAAAGGCUUCCUUAAGCUGAAAAGAGUGCUAGAUUUUAGGGAACAUCUUGUUGUAUUCAUCAGUACAAAUUAUGUUUUCUCAUUGUCACACACAUUCACAUAGUCAUUUGAAGUAGUGUUAUCAUUAAAAUAUCAAUUAGAGCCACUCAGAUAAUUACCAUCAAUCAGACAGCUCCUGUAUAGUCUCAAAUACAUGCAUAUUUGAUAUUUUAUUUAUUUCUAUUUUAUUUUUCUUAUUUACUUUAUUUAUGUCACACAUAUAAUGUAUUUUACUACACUGACUUUUCAGCAAUUACUGCACUUAAUAUUAAGGUUCCAACUUCAUAUUUACGUCUGACGAUACCCAACCACACUCUUUCCUCUGGUUGAGUUUGGUCAGUAAAGGUGAUCUUUUGCAGCUGUGAACUGAUAUCAUGGGAUCCUGGAUACUUCUAAAAAUCUCUGAAACAUCCUGGCCCAGGUGAAAAUGCCUCAGAGAGGAAGAACAACACACUGAAUAGAAACAUUUUUCAAAUGAUGUAAAAGGUACAGCACAAUAAAACAUUGUGGGUCAUUUUACGAAUAUCCAGUUGCUGAUAUGGAAAUUACAGCACAGAAUAAUGCCCUGUUUGUAAGAUGAGUAAGAGACCAAAUGUGAGUAUGUUUGUGUUAUUUAACCACUGGAUGGCACUGUUUCCAAACUGCCCAUACAUUGGUACAGUAUAUGCCUCUUUUUAGGCUCC